AGGCCCAAACACUCCGUCUGUGGAGCUUCUUGCAGAUCAUCAUGCCCAAACGGAGUUGCCCAUGGAGAGAGAGCAUUCCAGUGCAGAUGAAAAUGCAUGUAACACAGAAGGAGGUGAAUGAGGGGGUUGCUAGGGAUGUCAACAUGAAGGCUGUCUAUGACCGUACUCGAGAACUCCUGUAUUCUGGGGCACGUUCCCUGAAGACUAUUAAUUCUGAAACUGGUGAAAUGAAAAUAGUUUUGCAAGAUCAACAGCAGCGCUUGUUGCAGGAACCAUCAAGAGGUCAACUUCGAUUGGGACCACAAGGCAAACUACUGAAGACACCCACUACUCAUGCUGUAGUAGAUCUGCCCCAGUCUUCCAACCUGGCAUGUGCUCUUUGCACUCGACAGGCUGGUGCCUGUGUUGUAUGUGCCCAUUGUGAGAAAUCGGCUUGUAGGAACUGCCAGCGCUGCUGUUCGCAGUGCCAGAGAGAUUACUGCUUCAUGUGCUGUGUUGUCAACUAUGAUGAACAAUACGAGAGAUUACUCUGUGCAGACUGCCCUAGUCAGUGAAGAUAUUAAACUGGUUAUUGAGGUGCAUUGCCCUACACUCUCUUGGUUUAUAACAGAACUGCUGGGAAACUGGGCAGACAAUAGGUGAAUGUCAUCUUACACAUGAGGAUUUGUUAUGCUCAUAAGACUAACACUUUUUUAUUUAAAUUUUUUUUUAUACAGACUCUGUGCACAUAAAGGCUGGCUGUGUAUCGCAAAUAGAGACAUCAGGGCUGAACUGUAUAUAAAUCGAUUAAAGUAAAACUAGGCUCUAAAUUAUUUAUCUAAAUAUAGAAAUUAUGAUAUUAGUUCAUUUCUGUGGUACUAACCAGCAUGAUUCCUGGCAUUCUUUUCCCUGGUAAUACAAGCUCUAAUCAUUUCUAUUGUGAAUCACUAGAAUUCUAGUUUGGAGACGUAUAUGUGCCCAGGUGAAGUAUGCAGAAGAAGAUAAUGAAAAUCCUGUCUAUUGAUGAACACAUUUGAGUUUUUGUAGUGUUUGGCAUUUUUUCUACUACAGUUCUAAAUUUUUCUCCAAGAGUUGGGAGAAUAGACUUGAAAUUUUUUUAAGUCCUGCCAUUGUUGAAUGUGCAGUAGCACAUAUCAGUCUAAUUGCAGGUUUGUUGUAGCAGACACCAUAAUGCAGUAUUUUAAAAAGAAGCAAGGAGUCCAUGGUUGUUCAUGGAUACCAGGUAAAAAUCCUGGCAGGUGAUACCGAGCAUUCCAAUUGUUUAAUGUAUUUAAAAACUUAUUUUUGUACCCCUUUUUCAAUAAAAUAUAUUGCUAUAUCAAUGUUUUUGUAAUUUUAAUGCAUUUUUUGUUACAUGUAGGAAAAAAACUUGCAAUAAAAUGAUGACUAGAGUUUUUUGUGUUAUACCAACCCCCAAUGGUGUGGCUAUUAACUGUUAUGACACACUAGUAAAUGUAGAAACAUGUAUGGUUGGUUUUUAGUAAUUCUCUAAAGUGCAAUAUUUUAUAAGAAAGUAUUACUCUGGUUAAUGCAAUAAAAAGGCAUGCUUGGA